CUUGACGUCUAGCAACACAACAUCACAGACUUUAAGCAAGCAGACACGGCGACUUAGCACGUUAGCGACUGCAUUUACAGCCGUGGUGCCAGUGUGAGAGCGCCUCAGUGCCUCGUGCUGAGUUUGGGACUGCAGCAACGGGACAAAAGACAUAAACGAGGGAGGACGGGAGUCAAAGAAACACGGGAACAAGCCUGCAAAAACGCUCAGAGAAUCAGAGGAGACGGCAUGUUGAUUAGAGCUGAGUUUAAGAGAGAAUCCUGACUGUGGGGGAGACGGAGGCAGACAGAGAGACUGAGAAAUAAAUAGAUUUGAAGCUCACAGACACAAAAGAGGCUGAGAAGCUCACCUGCAUCCAGACAGGUUGAAAAAUUGAUAGACAGACAAGAAUUCAUGGUGCUGGCCAUGGCUGUAGGCCUGCUGUUGGGAGGAUAGAGUUCAGAUCAACCACAUCCACACUGCAACUUCCUAAACCUUCAUCCAUCCUCUUUUAACCUGACCUGAAGUCAGUGUCUCAGACCCAAGACCCCUCCAUCUCCUCCUUUUGUGCCCCUCUUCCUCUUAGCCAUCACCACAUUGCCCAGGUCCUGCAGUAGCAAAACUGUCAAAAGACAGUUAUAUAAUCGCACAGACUAGAUAACCAGUCAGCUGUAUUCACGCACAUGGACUGUUGAUGAAGAAAGAUGGCAGUGAGACUGGCAGGCGCCGUCCCUUCCUCUCGGCCACCCUCCCUCCCUCCAGCGGCCGUGGCUCGGACCGGUUAAGGUUUGUCUGUUGGCAUCCAUCGCAGCAUCGGCAGCAGCUGGCAGAGCGCGGGAAGGAGCAGUAUGCAGGAAACUGACUUACCGGCCACAAAUGCCUUUAAAGAGUGCAAGUUCCACUGCACCAAUGGGAAUUGUUUGCGUCUGGGCUCGCUGAUCUGCAACCAGCUGAAUAACUGUGGGGACAACAGCGAUGAGGAGAACUGCCCUGUGGUCACCCAGCACCCUCCACCGGGCAUCUUCAACUCUGAACUGGAGUUUGUUCAGAUCGUCAUCAUCAUCGUGGUGAUGACAGUGAUGGUGGUGGUGAUCAUCUGCUUGCUCAACCACUACAAGCUCUCCACCUGGUCCUUCAUAACAAGGCAGAGCCAGGCCCGCAGGCACGACCAUGCCCUGCAGCAGGAUGGGUGUCUGUGGCCUUCAGACAGCAGCUCUCGACAAGGUGCCUCGGAGGUAUUAUAUGCUCCCCAGGCCAGGGAUCGCUUCACCGCUCCCUCCUUCAUGCAGCGCGACCGAUUCAGCCGCUUCCAACCCACCUACCCCUACCUGCAGCACCAGAUCGACCUGCCACCCACCAUCUCGCUGUCGGAUGGUGAGGAGCCCCCGCCGUACCAGGGUCCCUGCACCCUGCAGCUUCGUGACCCCGAGCAGCAGAUGGAGCUCAACCGCGAGUCGGUGAGGGCACCGCCCAACCGGACCAUCUACGACAGUGACUUGAUCGACAUGGGAGGAGGCGGGGGCCUUGGAGGGGUGGGGGGUGGAGGGGGAGGAAUGGGAGGAGGCGGGCCGAGGCCGCCAAGCAGUAACUCGGGCAUCAGUGUGGCCAACUCCAGCAGCCACGGGCGCAUGGAGGGCCCCCCGCCAGCAUACAGCGAGGUGAUGGGCCACUACCCCGGCUCAGCUUUCUUUCUACACCAGCACAGCAAUAACCAGAGGGUGGGGGGGCCGGGGAGCAGGACGAUCCAGCAGCAGAGCCAAUCAGAAAGCACAAUAGUACCUGCCAAGGCCAAGGACGGCCAACCGGAGGACCUGGUGUGAAGAAAAAGGGUAGGGGGGCAGGCGGGGCUACCCACCCCUGACUGAAAGCUGUCUCUCCUCUUCACCCCUGAUCACCUGUAAGCAGUGGUCUCUCUAUCGCGCGCUCUCUCUCUCUCUGUCUCUCUCAUGUCCUCUCUCCACACUCCCAUGCACAAAUAAAUAUCAACCUUAGCUACAACAAAACAAGGAAAGAGGAACCAAGAGUUGAUUUUUCUGUUUCUUUCCAAUGUUAGUCAUUCAAACAGCUAGCACUGCUGGGGCAGGAUGUAUGCACUGCGUGGAGAGUUUUGUUUUUGUUUUUUUCCCCUACAUGAGAAAGAAACAUACUGCUAGCACAGAUUGAAACGAUUUGCUUUUUCGUCCCCUCGGGUGACGUGCUCUGUCCCCGGGAACUGAGGAUGAUGGUUUUUUUUUUUCUUUUUUGUUUCUUUUUUCGGACCGGGAUCUGUGCACAAAGCGAGAACUGAGAAUCAAGGACUUAACAGAGAACACAACAAAAACAAGAGACUCACAAACCCAAAUCUUAGUGCCAAGGUUCACAAGGAAGCAAAGCAAAGGGGGGAAGAAAUGACUCGUUCUAACAUUCAAAACACAAAAAAGAAAAGUUAUCUAAAAGUUGCACUAUCUUUUUGUUGUAAAAGAGAAGAGGGAAAUUAUGCUAUGUGAUGAUAAUGAUGUGUUUGUUUUUUCUCUCUCUCUUUUUUUUCGUCCUUUUCAUGAAUAGACUGACUGACUGAACUUUGCCUCCAAAGUUGUUUAAACAGUUGGGAGCAAAAAAAAAAAAAGUAUUAUAAGCUUAUGUCCUUCCUUUUUUUGAAAACGGCAAGAAAUACUCGUACCCAGCCUACAACAUCUCUGUCUGCUUACACCACAGGCACAGUGAGACUUAGUAAGAGAAUAACCCUGUACUGCUCACGUCUGUGAGAAAGAAAUCUGCCUGGUGAUCAGCUGCUGGGUGGACAAAACAUUUCUCACUUCCUCUGGUAGUUUGUUACAAGAUUUAUAGAUAGGUUUCCAAAACCAGAGUAGUUCUUAAACUCUUUGAAAGAUGAGAGCUGCUUGGCAAGAUCCAACAUGCUCCAUACUAACAGAUCUGGCCAGGUGGUUGGAUAUCAAGUUAACCAAGAAUAGCAUAACUCCAUAACAAAAGGAAAGCAUAUCUAACUGUCCAUCCAGCAGCAUGGUCACAGCAGAUUCUUCACUUUUCAACUCUGUCCCAACCUCUGAGCACCUGACACUUCCUCUUUCCUGUUUCCUGCGUCCAUAGCCCCCUCCCCACCCCACCUCCUCCUCUCCUCUCACCGCUCAUCUCGACAUGCACAGUUCAUUCUGCCAACAGCCACACUGAACACGAACCCCGGCGCCAUGACAACGAAAACACAAAACAAAAAAAGAAGGCUCAGCUCUCCGUCUUCACGUUUCUAAAGCCACAAAAAAGAAAAAAAAAAAAAAACACAGGACGACACAAAGUGAAGAUUCCUGUCUGCAUCCGCCAGCACAGCGAUCAGGUUUUAAACGAAAACUGUCUGUGGUCGAAGUCAAAGGGCUAUGGGAGGGUCCUUUUUGUAAAAGAAAACCUUUUUGAAAAUUGAGCCUUUUUCUCUGCUCAUCGUUGCCUUCUCCUCUGCUCUUGCGCUUUCUCUGUCUCUCUAUCUUGUUUGCAUUCAACACCAGUGCUCCCCUCCUCCCUCUCUCUAACCCCCAUCCCAGCUUGUUAACAGUGUCUCUGGUCACUGUUCAUCAUCCCUCCUUCCAUCCGUGUGCAGAAAAAGUGCGUUCAAAUGAUGCAGAGUCCGCCAAGCCCUUUAAAGUGGAGACUGGAGUGGAGCCCUUGUUUGGCAGUGUGCUAGUGCAGUCCUUUCCUCCCUGUGUGUGUGUGUGUGUGUGUGUGUGUGUGUGUGUGUGUGAGAGAGUGCAUGUGUGUGUGUGUUUUUGUUGGUCAGAUCUUUUAAAACACAGAAGGGCACUUAAUGUUCCUGCAGGAGCAUUGUGUCUGUGUCUGUGUUUAUGCGAGUGAUUUAUUAAUCAACUGCUUUGUCUGAGUUUAAGGAUUCAAGGACAUGUUACUUAUUUGGCACUGUCCGUAUUAACACAUCAUUAAUUAAGCAUUUAUUAAAUCCAGUGAUGCAUGAUGGGUAUUAUUCUGUAGCAGAAGCGACCUCACUGUAAAAGCCCAACGAAUGUGCAUGCCACAGUCCACUCCACAGGUUCCAUUAAAGCAACACAAGGUAAACUCCACCUUUCUUAAUAAUGGUGAUUCAGUAGAUUCACACACUGAGAAUGUCCACAAAGCGUGUGUUGUGGCUGGAGUUUAGAUGGACACUGUUGUCCCUCAAUGCAAUGCACAAAGAAAAUAGAGGAGCUGCUCAUUGCUGCAAAAUGUUAAACAGUGGAUGGUAGUGAGACAGCUCAAGGAAGAUCUGAGGAAACAUUAAGUACUAAAUCUUUGGAAAACAGUUUGUUUCUCUUUGGUGAGAUUAGAAGAUAAGGCUGGUGUUAUUCCAUAUGUGUUUUAUUGUCAACAAAUCCCAUGAAAAGACCAAAACCUACAGUGUGUUACUUUGUCUCUAUACAACAAAAAAUUCUUGACUCAUUGUCCACUUGCUCUUUUUUUCCGAAGCUGUUGUUUGGCAUGGGACAUUAAUCCCCUAAACCCAAUGGUGAAGACUAUCUUUGAACAGAGGAAAGGCAUAAGAAUUUUUCCCCUCAUAUAUUCUGCUGUGUUCUGUACUUGGGUCAAAUUUUAACAACUGAGCUAAACUGAGAAAACGUUAUUUAUCUGUUAAGUGAGACCGAGAUAGGUAGCAAAAAGCUGCGGAAAAAAGUACUAAAUGGACCUUGAGUUAAUUUUUCUUUGUCAAGAACAAACCGUAAGGCUGAGAAACUGCAUUCAUUUUUAAUCGGUUAAGUAGAUAGCCCCUUUUACACUACCUGUUCAAGGUGGGAAUAUCGCACCAUUAUGCUACUUCGCUGUUUAGUGUUAAAGGUACGAUUGCAGAAUUGGGAAACAGAGUUGUCUCACCUUUAAGCCGACAGAGAAGGUAGUAACAGCGCAGAAUCAAGGUCUGUGAAAAAGGAACAGCCAGCAGGACGGGAACAAGGACGAGGUGGGUGUGACAUUUUGAUGAUGUGUUAUGUGGGUGACCCACCACCAGAAGAUUUAAAAAGCAACUAGAAACAGUUAGCAGCUAACUCAAAGAAGAAGACAAGCAGUUGAAAAUGACCACAAAUUGGGAAAACAAUGAGGUCCUUACCCUUGGAGUAGAGAACGAGAUCAGUCGCCAUAUAACAGGGACACUAAAUGAUUAUUACUGCCAUGUUAUGCCAUUAUUAUUGUUUACAAAGCGCUGCUGACAUGUCAGUUAUAUGUCACACCAGAGGCCAACUCUUGUUUUGGUAAUUGUCACACCUCUUUAGCUUCUGGGAUGCCGGCAUGCUGACUAAAAUUGCGCACUGGGGCAGCAUGAUGCCAUAGUUGUUUGGUUCUGAAUAAAAAUACAAAAUACAAAGACAAAGAAAACAUAAAGAAGGGAUUUCGUAAAGGCCCUACAACACGAUUUCUGUGUAAAAAGGGCUACUGUUAUCAUAAAACAGCUGGGCAGUGUAUUUUUUAUUUAUUUAUUUAUUUUUUUGUUAAACAUUACUCAAACAGGAGAAAAUGGUGCAUUUGUUGGGGACUACAUUCCGUGGUGGAUUAAUACAUGAUUGCUACUCUAGUGGUUAUUUGGGGCACCUGGGCAGUGUAUGUGUAUUGAGUCAAAAAAUACUACGGUGUCUGCGUGCUAAUGGUAAUGAAGGAACAUGUCAGCUAGUGCAACAGUGUGACUUAUUAAUGGUGCCCUAUGUCACAGAGGAACAUAUGUCAAGCCUUGAUACACACAUAACACUUGUUCGUAGCUACAUUUAUUGUUGGUUUGGGUCUUUUGUUGGAUUUGAUGGUAAAAACAAAAAUAUGGAAUAUCACCAGACUUAUAUCUUAAUUGGCAGCAGCAUUCCAAAGUUCAUUUUGCAGUCUGAUUGAUCUAUUAGCACACAUUUUUAUUACUUCCUGGUAGGACAAACAGAAACAAGUAAGGGAAGUUCAUUGAUUUCUUGAAUACUAAUUACAAAAACAAUACACUGUAACAAUAUACAACAUACUACAUACUAAAUAUAGGAUUGGGAUAUUUUUAAUGCUCUAAUUAAAUAUUUUGACUCAUGAUUUUUAGGGACUAAUGUCUUAUACACUUUGAACCAUCCAGUUAUCCUCUGCUGGCACUAGUUGCAGCCAGUGUGAAGUUGCCUAAUGCAGCAUUAAUGAGUAUUUGAAGGUAUCAUGUAAUGCUAAUGCAGCAAAGAGGCCUUAUGCUGAGCUGAAUUCCAGUUGAAACAUUAGACUGUGAACCUGGAAGUGUUCCUGAAUAUGAGAAAGAACUAAGUGAACAGUCCCCUCUUUGUGCACUUAGAGCUCAUAUCUGACUUUACACCAUUCAGGUGGAGAAAAAAACAUUUUCGGGACAGUUUGAACGAAAGCCUUUUGAUUCUGUUAGCAUGAGUGAAUGUGCGCACAUGUCCCAGUUGUGUGUUUCUGGUCAGUGUGUCCAUCUGGCUCUACAGUUUGUGUGUUUGUGUGUGUGUGUGUGUGUUACUACAUCGCUGCUGCUAUUGCUGUUGCUGCUACUGCUAAUAUUGUUGCUACUGCUGCUUCUCAUGCCCCCCCACCCCCGUCCUCUGUCCUUCUGUCCAUCCUGUCCCCUCAACUCAUCCAAAAACUAGAAGGAGAGAAAUCUGACCCUCUGCAGUCAAAAGCACAAGUAUUGAGACAAACCAUGGUCUUGUUUCCUGUAAGAUCCAUAUUAACAUUUUGUUACGCAGAAACCUGGGCAAGUCCGUCGGGAAAUUGAUUGUCCCAACACUUCAGCCUUUGACUGUACAGACCUGCUUCAAACCCGCAUUUCUUUCCUCUUUUCCUUCCUUCUUUCUGUUGUUUUCUCGCCUUGUUCUGUCUGCGCAGUCAUAGCUUGUAAAUUGAGGAUAUAAAGAUGAAUUUUAUGUUUUCUACAAGGAGGUUUGCAUGUUACUAUUAUGUGAGUAAAUAAGGUGCCUAAUGUUCAUGUUUGAGCAGACCACACCUGAGUCAAACUGCUGCUUGGAAUCCUUACAGGUGCUUUAUCUCGGGCUGACCGCCUGUCUGGCAGAGUGGAACAGAAAUGUGAGAAAAGGUUUGCCAAAAAAUUAUUAUUUUUGUCUUUUUAUAAAGUCGUGGACAGAUGUUACAGUGGUGACUUGCUUUUGGGAGUCUGGUCUGUGUUUCUUAUUCAGCUCUUGAGCUCCUGUUUGAUUACAGACUGAUCCCGCGGUGAUUGAAGUGGACAAAAACCACAUUUAAUCCAAGCUCUACAUGAAAGUUAGAUUUGGUGACCACAGGACCAGCAGUGUGCCUGUUUCCAUGUCAGCAAAACACCGGCUGCCACUUCAAACUGCAGCCAUACCUUGACUAUUUUUAGCCUACUAGUGGACCGGCAAUGUUCAGCCUGCUUGCUUCCAUUGUGCCAGACAGGAGCGGUCACUCCCGGCAAAGCAGCUGAGGCUAUUUCAACCAGUAAUUUGACCAGUGUGUGGAGCAGACAUAGGAACCCACUUGCACUCAAAAAGCUCCCACCUUCGUUGUGCCUCACUUCCAACGGUGCUUUUUUCAGUAGUCUGUCUUUCUUUGUUUGUUUGUAAGGUGCUGUAUAUAACUUGAAUAUAUUAUGCACAUAUCCUACCCAAUGGGUAGAAACCACAAAAAAAUGUUGUGAAUAAUGUAAUAUAAUGUAUAGACAAUAUAAGAAUUUUAAGAAGGCAACAUCAAAUUUGUAAAUGCCUACAGUUAAAAA